AACCUACCUUGUGUAUUCUUUCAGAGUUGGUUAGCAGGUGGUGUGUCAAAAAUGGCUGUGGCCAUCAAUUGUUCAAUCUGUUUAGAUCUACUGAAGGAUCCAGUUACUAUUCCAUGUGGACACAGCUAUUGUUUGGGUUGUAUUAAGGCCUGCUUGGAUAAGGAAGAUGACAAGGGAAUCUACAGCUGCCCCCAGUGCAAACAGACCUUCAAGUCAAGACCUGUUCUAAACAGGAACACCAUCCUGGCUGAAUUGGUGAAGAAAUUAAAGAAGACAAGACUCCAAGCUGCUCCUCCUGGUCAUUGUUAUGCUGGACCUGGAGAUGUGGAGUGUGAUUCCUGCACUGGAAGAAAACUCAAAGCUGUCAAGUCCUGUCUGGUGUGUCUGGCCUCUUUCUGUGAGACUCACCUCCAGCCUCAUAAUGAAUCUCCUGCCUUUAAAAAGCACAAGUUGGUCCAAGCCUCCACACAACUACAGGAGAAGAUCUGUUCUCAUCAUGAUAAACUACUGGAGGUUUUCUGUCGUACUGAUCAGCAGUGUAUUUGUCUGCUUUGUACAAUAACUGAACAUAAAGGUCAUGAAACAGUCUCAGCCACAACAGAAAGGACUGACAAACAGAAACAGUUGGGUGAGAAACAUCAGAAAUCCCAAAUGAGAAUCCAGGAGAGAGAGAAGGAGAUUCAGGAGUUGAGACAGGCUGUGGACUCUCUGAAGCACUCUGCACAGGCAGCAGUGGAGGACAAUGAGAGGGUCUUUACUGAGCUUAUCCGCUCCAUUAAGAGAAUGCACUCUGAGAUGAACCACCUGAUCAGAGCUCAGGAGAAGACUCAAGUGAGUUUUGCUGAAGGACACUUGGAGCAACUAGAGUUGGAGGUUGCUAAACUGAGGAGAAUAGAUGUUGAACUGAAUCAGCUCUCACGCACAGAGGAUCACAUCCAUUUCCUCCAGAGUUUCCAGUCUCUUUGUGACUCUCUUGGAUCUGAGGCCUUACCCAGCAUCACUGUCAAUCAUCACGUUUCCUUUGAGCAUGUGAAUAAAUCAAUCUCUGAACUGACAGAUCAACUACAAGAUUUAUGCAAAAAGGAAAUGGACAAGAUAUCUGGGAAAGUUACUACAGUUCAGAUUGAACGACCUAUUGAGCCCAAGACCAGAGAGGAUUUCCAAACAUAUUCCUGCCAGCUGACUUUGGAUCCCAAUACAGCAAAUCAGUACCUGUGUCUGUCUGAGGGGAACAGAAAAGUGACAUCUAGUGAUAAAUUCCAGUCCUAUCCUGAACAUCCAGACAGGUUUACCUCUUACUACCAGGUGUUGUGUAGAGAGGGUCUGUCUGGAGUCUGUUACUGGGAGGUAGAGUGGAGUGGGAAAGAGAUUGUUGUAGCUGUCUCAUAUAAAGAGAUCAGCAGGAAAGGAGAUGUUUAUAAGUCUUGGUUUGGUUAUAAUGAUCAGAGUCGGUUUGGUUUUAAUAAUCAGUCUUGGAGGUUUUCCUGCUCUACAUCCAGAUGUUGUUUCUAUUACAAUAAUAUCAGUACUGUAAUCCCUGUCCCUUGCUCCUCCAGAGUAGGAGUGUAUCUGGACCACAGGGCAGGAACUCUGUCCUUCUACAGUGUCUCUGACACAAUGACCCUCCUCCACAUAGUGCAGACCACAUUCACUCAGCCACUCUAUCCUGGGUUCUAUGUUAAUGGAUCUGUGAAGAUACUGACGCCUCAGUGACCCAUUAGUUUGCCGGUAUCAGGGUAUUGUUAGCUGUACUAAGAGGCUGAUGCAUGAUUGACUGUGGCUAAAGUUUAAGUUUCAGAUAUCAGAUAUCAGAGUAAAAUAAGAUAUAGCCUGAGCCCUUGGUUCCUGAAUGAAAAUCGAUACAUAAUGACACAUGCACUUCAGUGGUUGAGGGAGUUAAUUGACAGGUGAAAGGGAUGAGUUAAUCUGGUCUCUUGAACAAUGCAAUUCUAAUGGAGGCGACAUUACUGACGUUAUCAAUAGGAAGUGGGAUUACUUGAUUGUGUCAAUAUAAUGUGUUAUAUUUUCAUUGUAAGCACGUUUGAAAAUAAUGGAUUUAUUAACAGUCAUUAUUUCUAUUUGAGGGGAUUAUAGGUAAUGGUAGAAUUGCAUCUCAGACAUACUAUUUGUUAUUAGCUAAAUUAGUUAGACCUUUUGGUCAGUAUACAUUUGUUUACUAUUAUUUGUAUAAUCUGUUGUUCUUGUGGAUUUUCAAUAACAAUCACUUGUAGCCCUUCACUUAAUAAUACAAAGAAACAGUUACGGUAUUCACCAGAUUGUACCUGUAUUUGUCUAUAAUAAGUCAGAUCAAAUUAUGUUAAUUCUGGGACACAAUGUAAAGUUGUUCUUGUGCAGUAAAACUGAAAAAACUUUUUUUUGAAUGUUUUAUCAUUAAGAAGAACAUUUGAAUGGUUUCUAUCUUCCCUGUCAAGUGCUCCUGUUGAUUAAA